AGAGCAACACUCACGAGAGGGACGACGAUGGAGGAUCUGCUGCGAUCGCUCAGGAACCUCGGCCUGGGCGCUCCGUCCCCUUCACAGCUGCUCGAGCUGCUCGACACCGAUGAAGAGGUCCAGAAGCGGCUCGCUCAGCUGCUCUCCCUGUCGUCUGUCCUGGACGGAGAGGGAGGAGAGGAGGGAGGGGCAGGAGGGGCCGCGAUGAUGAUGGGCCAGGACCUGCUCGAGGAGGCUGUGAAUGCGCUACUCGACAACUUCAGAAAGACACUCGAUCGGCAACGGGAGGUGUCAAAGAAGGAAACGACAACAAAAGCCCCGACAAAGGUCAAGCUCGCGCCGAGAACGGCUCUCUUGGCCAGGCAAGACGCAGCCCUCAAGCGGGCCGAGCAGCAGCGGCAAGAGGCAGGCCGAGGCUACAUACCAAGACUUGUCGUCGAUGGAAAGGCCUCUUAUCACUCAAAGAGACCUCUUGCGUCUUUAAAGAGGAUCUCAUGUGGUGACCUCAAUCUGGCCCCAAGGCGGUACGAAGGCGCUUAUCUCCUUUGUCGCGUGAUGACGCCUCUCCUGCUUUACGUGGGCGUGACCUUCAUCGUCGAUGAUCCAUCAGGCGCCGCGAUACCCGUGUCCAUCUCCCACUUCACCUCCGACAUCAACCAGUCGCAAUCCUCCGUUUCGAAGCUGCUUCCUCUAGGCACCGUCCUGGCGAUCCGUGAGCCAUUUGUGUCUCUAGACCAUGCCUCCCGGGCAGGCCCUUGUACGGGCAAAGCGGCGAUGGGCAUCAGAGUCGACAGUCCCACCGACAUCGUCAUCGUCGAGGAAGAAGAUAGGCUACUCGAAGGCGUCGAAUGGAAGGAAGACCUGCCCCUGUCUUCAUGUCCUCCCUCUACCUCAACAGUAUGGCUGAGAGACGGAUUCUUGAGCCGUCAGCUUCGUCAAGGCUUCUCUCCGCCUGCGCAGCCUCCAUCCCUGAGCGCCAUUCGAGAGACUAUCGAAGACUUCAUCGCUUUCGGUAGGCCCGGUGCCGCAUACAGAGAGCUCUGCGCUGCACGGAGAUUAGCCCUGGUGGGCAAUGAGUCGCUCAAGGAUGUCGAAGCGAGAAUCCUGUAUGAGCUUCGUGCUUGGUCCGGUGCAAAGGACGCCUUUGCUUCAACAUCUGCUCAAGGCUCGUCAGAAGGAGGACCUGAUUCUCUGAGGAAGGACACCGAUUUUGCGGUGCCAAUAAGUGAGCUCUCACCGGUCCAAGCCGCGAAAAGGACAGAACGCCGUCUCGCUUCAGAGUCUGCCGGCUUGACCGACGAAGAGGUUGCUUCAAUCUACUUUGCUUCAUCGGGUCACAGUCCCAAUCCUCGCCUAGACACCUCUGAAUAUAUCGGUCCAGUCCAGGUGCGCGAUAUACCCGGCGCCGGUCGAGGCCUCGUCACUACUCGCGAGGUGCAGCCAGGCGAGCUGCUACUGUGCUGCCGAAGCUAUGGCUCUGCCUACCCCUCUGAUCCUGAAUCGCUCGGCAGCCCCAUCCUCCGGCUCAACGUCGACAAUGGCGUGGUGUCCACGACGAGCCAGGUGCGCGCCCAGACCAACCUCAUUCACGCUCUCGUCGACCGGCCGGACAUGCUUGCCGUCCCCGUCCUGGGCCUCACAGCUGGUCCCUCGAUGGACUACUCGCGCUUCGUCACGGAGCCCUAUCCGCUCAGGGCUAGGAUGGAACUGGACCCGAAGAAAGCGGUCAACGAGUACAAGAGCCUGGACGUGGACGCGGCUUAUGUCGAUGGCGUCCUCCGCUUCAACGCCUUUGGUCCUGCUCAGGCCCCUGCCUCUUCACAUUCGCACAAGCACGUAGAAGAGUCCCAAGGCGAGCUAGGGCGGUCGACGCAGCCCCACCCGCUGCCCGCAAUUCUCAACCACGCUUGUCUCCCCAACGUCUCGUCCGUCUUCUUUUCCAACAUUGUCACAACGCGUGCCCUCGACGUGCUUCCCGAGGGGACCGAGAUUGUGCACCAGUACGUGCGCGGAGAGACGCCCUUUCCGAUCCGAACAGCCCAGCUGUCCAAGCAUGGCUUCGAGUGCGCCUGUUCGCUCUGCAUCCUCGAUCGUGCGGAUGGUGCCGAGGCCUCCGGACGGCGCGCGCGGAUCACAGAGGGCGAAUCUCGUGCAGUCUUUGAGCGGAGUCGGCUGCUGUUCAAGUCUGUCAAGCUUGCAGAGGUGGGCAGCACAGAUGCAAGCUUGGCUGGGGAGGUUAAAGAGGCGCACGAGGACGUCGUUGAGGCACUCAAGAACCUCAGAGAGCGUAUCGACGAGACAUACAGUGCCUCGUCCAAGACAUUCCCCAAAGAGCGCGCACAAUUGAAGCCAGAGGUCUUCUCGACGCUGGACCGUCAGACGCGCCACUUGGCCCUCUUCAGCGGCGACAUCGAUGUCGUCCUCGACAGCGCCGGCGACGCAUUGCGCUGCGUGGGCGCACAGGUCGCUUCGCAAGACGGAAAAGGCCAGAUCCUCGACAAGCUGCCCAGGUUGCACUUUGAUCCUUCUAUUGACCUCGUUCUCUUUGUCGCUACGUUCCUCCAAAAUAGACGGCUUAAAGAACUAUCGCUGCGGUGGGUUCAGGCAGCCUACCACGCUCAUCAGGCCAUGGUAGGAGGAGGCCAGGCCGUCUUCCUGCAUCGAUGGAAGUCGGACUCAGUUGCACCCGCUCUCGAAUUGUGGCUAUCUUGACAUUUCAUUGCACAAUAAUGCUUCUAGCAACUCCAAU